AUGCCUUUAAAAAAAAUUCUACUAAGUUGGACUGUAAAAGCCUAUUAUAGCAUAGAUGUCUCCCGAUGGUCCACCGCAGCACCUGCACCAAAGCCUACACAGAGGCCUGUACUAAAGCCUUCACAGAGGCAUGCACCCAAGCCUGCAUCGAGGCCUGCACCAAAGUUUGUACUCAAGCCUGAACAGAGGCCUGCACAAAGGCUGACACAGAAGCACGAUCCCGAGAAGCAGCAUAAGAAAGAACAAAGAGGGAGACCGCAGAAGGCACCCCGACUCAGGAGACGCUGCCAUGCAACCCGCAGCUGCUUACCUGAACUUCAGUCCAGACGAGGAUGUUGUUACAAGCGCAGCUCACACCCUUGGGUAGUAUGUAAAAAGCUGCCCGCGAGCAGAUCCUGA